AUGAAGCGUAUUCGCUGUUCCGCACUUCAUUUCCCACAAUCCUCUGGAAUGUGCGUCUGGGUGUGUGAGAAAAAGAUUAAAAUUGGACCAUCUGCAGACUUUGAUUUAGCAUCAAUGGCUGCAACAGAUAUUUUCUACUGGGCUUUGCUGUAUUAUGAGCUGUAGCAAACCAUCGCGCUUCGAUCGUUUCUCGGGAGGAUCUGUGGCAGUUGCCACUAUCACUGUACCUUCACCUGAUAUCAGCAACCGGACCAAAAUGGAAGCUGGCUUUGGAUCCACGUUCCCAGCAGUCCCUCAAGUAGCAAAAGCGGAAACUAAUUACAAACAGCAUCGCAGAACCCCUUCAUCCUCCAGCACUCUGACCUACUCCCCUCGUGACGACGAUGAUGGCAUGCCGCCCAUCAGUACCCCUCGUCGCUCAGACUCUGCCAUCUCGGUUCGCUCUCUGCACUCCGAGUCCAACAUGUCGCUGCGCUCCACCUUUUCCCUGCACGAGGAAGAGGAAGACACAGAGCCACAGGUGUUUGCGGAGCAGCCCUCAGUUAAGCUUUGUUGCCAGCUGUGCUGCAGUGUGUUCAAGGACCCCGUCAUCACCACCUGCGGACACACAUUCUGCAGGCGAUGUGCCUUGACCUCAGAGAAAUGCCCCGUGGACAAUUCCAAGCUCACGGUGGUAGUGAAUAACAUCGCGGUGGCCGAGCAAAUCGGGGAGCUUUUCAUCCACUGCAAGUACGGCUGUCGGCCAGCUGCCUCGGGCAAACCCGGUGCCUUUGAGGUUGACCCACUUGGCUGUCCUUUCACCAUCAAGCUCAGCACCAGGAAAGAUCAUGAAGUAAGCUGUGACUACAGACCCGUUCGCUGUCCCAACAACCCCAACUGUCCUCCAUUGCUCACCAUGAACCUGGAGGCCCACCUGAAGGAGUGUGAACACAUUAAGUGCCCUCACUCUAAAUAUGGUUGCACCUUCAUCGGCAAUCAGGACACGUAUGAGACGCACCUGGAGGUGUGUAAGUUCGAAGGGCUGAAGGAGUUUCUCCAGCAGACGGACGACAGGUUCCAUGAGAUGCAGGUGACACUGGCACAAAAGGACCAGGACAUCUCGUUCCUGCGCUCUAUGCUGGGCAAACUCUCUGAGAAACUAGACCAGCUGGAGAAGAACUUGGAACUCAAGUUUGAUGUGCUGGAUGAGAACCAGAGCAAGCUCAGUGAAGAUCUGAUGGAGUUCAGGCGAGAUGCUUCUAUGCUGAACGAUGAACUGUCCCACAUCAAUGCCAGGCUCAAUAUGGGUAUACUAGGCUCUUACGACCCACAACAGAUCUUCAAAUGCAAGGGUACUUUUGUGGGUCACCAGGGUCCGGUGUGGUGUUUGUGUGUCUAUUCUACCGGUGAUCUUCUCUUUAGUGGGUCAUCAGAUAAGUCCAUCAAGGUUUGGGACACAUGCACCACAUAUAAGUGCCAGAAGACCCUUGAGGGCCAUGAUGGCAUAGUUUUGGCAUUAUGCAUUCAAGGGAACAAGCUGUACAGUGGUUCAGCUGACUGCACCAUCAUUGUUUGGGAUAUCCAGACUUUGCAGAAAGUGAACACCAUCCGGGCCCAUGACAACCCAGUGUGCACUCUGGUGUCCUCACACAACAUGCUAUUCAGCGGCUCUCUCAAAGCCAUUAAGGUGUGGGAUAUUGUGGGCACGGAGCUGAAGCUAAAGAAGGAACUAACUGGCUUGAAUCACUGGGUUCGAGCUCUGGUUGCUUCUCAGAAUCAUCUGUACAGCGGAUCUUAUCAAACCAUAAAGAUCUGGGACAUCCGUUCUCUGGAGUGUGUCCAUGUGCUUCAGACCUCUGGAGGCAGUGUGUACUCCAUUGCAGUCACCAAUCACCAUAUAGUUUGUGGCACCUAUGAGAACCUCAUUCAUGUUUGGGACAUUGAGUCCAAAGAGCAGGUGCGGACGUUGACGGGCCAUGUGGGCACAGUGUAUGCCCUGGCUGUCAUCUCAACCCCUGAUCAGACCAAAGUGUUCAGUGCCUCCUAUGAUCGCUCUCUCAGGGUGUGGAGCAUGGACAACAUGAUCUGUACCCAGACUCUUCUGCGGCACCAGGGCAGCGUAACAGCGCUUGCUGUGUCCAGAGGAAGACUCUUCUCCGGAGCUGUAGACAGCACCGUAAAGGUGUGGACGUGCUAAAUGUGACCGCUAAUCAUUAUUAGUUGUCAGCAUGUUAAAUAAACACUUCACGAAUCUCCUGGAACUCAGAAACAUGAACUCUGAUGCACAGACUUAUAGUAUGAAUAAGAAUAUUAUUCAAGAGAACAUUACAACAUACUUUGAAGCAGAAAUGUUUUUAUUCUGUACCCUGUGGACUUGGGUGUCUGUCCCGUGUGAAUUUUGCAGUAAACUGUUAGACAAAGACGCCUUGCUUCGUGCGUUGGAUGGAUGUUGCUUGUUUGCUUUCCACUUACUGGACAUCUCGACAGCAAACAGAACCUCCAGACCUUCAGUGUUUAUGAAGACCCGGCAGAGCGCAGCCAGCAUACGUCAUGAACAUGACAACACUGUAUUUUAUAUACAUAAGAGCAUUUCCUAUGAAAGUAUAAUUUAGAUUUGGUAUGACUUCAGCUCUGCAAAUGAAGCUGAAUCCAGUCUAAGGUCAUGUUCUAUGAAAAUCGUGGAAAAGUUGCUGCGUCAGUGGCCUCAGCGAUGACUGUUGAACUUUGACUUUUAUGAGUGAGUGCCUAAGCUUUAGUCUGACGCCAGUGGAGAUGCAUGGAAUGACCAUCAUCCCAAGGGCUGAAUGAAGACGUACACUACACCAACUUGGGCCUGAAACAGCAGAGCAUUGUUUUGGAUAACACAGUGCCCGUGUUUUUAAUUGCAGAUUUGACAGUGCCAACUGAGCGCCUGGAACUGCUCAGAUAUUUUCUAACUGCCUGAUGACUGAUGUGAAACCUUUGUAUGACCUACUCAUCCAUCAUGCUUUUAUGUAAAUAAUGCAAUGUUUCCUUACCAAAGGUGCAAAUGCUUCAUGCAUGGUUCCAUGUUUGCCAUGGAAGCCAGAAUUUGCCCAUGCAAAUCUAGCAAGACUUUUAUAAUGUAAUUCAUGCUAGUUACAUAGUCAUUUUGAACUGAAUAACAGUAAUUCUAAUUAGUUUGAUGAGUGUAAAGCACUUAAUUCAUCACUAAGCAUCCCAGCAUAACUUUCAAGAAGAAUUGAGGUCAGUGAAGUAGAAGGGAACACUGUGUUGCAUUAGUGUGAAGUUGAGUUCCUCUCUCAGCAUAAAGUGAUAAUUCACCCAACAUGACUUUUUUUGUUGUUUGUUUUUGUCACAUUUUAUAUGACUUGCUUUUUUUAUGUGGAACAUAUAAAUAUUUUGAGACAUUACAUUUCUUAAAAAACGGUUUUAAACAACAUGAUGGUGGGUAAAUUGACAGAACAUUCAUUUUUGGGUGAACUGUCCGUUUAACCUGAAGUGUACUAGGUAAGUCAAUGCUAAUCUAAGACCGAAGGCAUAAAACAGCUGCUAUUUUUGUGGCAUGGAGAUACUCCAGCUCCAGACAUUUAGGACAACUGAAGUAACGUUAAUAACAGAUUUCAGUAUUUUUCCCUCACUAAAAGGAUAAUUCACCCCUAAAUGAAAAUUCUGUAAUUAAUUACUCAUUACUCUCAUGUCCUUAAGAACUGUCCGUGAGAACUUCUUCGGAACACAAAUGAAAAAGUUUUUGAUGGAAUCCGAGUGCUUGCUUCUGACCCUGCAUAGACAGCAACGGUGUACCACGUUCAAGGCCCAGAAAGGUAGUAAGAACGUCGAUAAAAUAGUCGAUAUGACAUCAGUGGUUCAACCGUAAUUUUAUGCAGCUACGAGAAUGAUGGACCAAACAACGACCAAUUUUCAACGUCGAUUUUUGGGCUAAAAAAAAGUCUGUGACAGGCCGACCUGAUUUAGCCCGAAAAUGACGUCCAAAUGACGUUUGGUGCUGGAUGGGCUCGGAUUUAAUCAAAUAUAUCUUAAUUUGUGUUCUGAAGAUGGUUUUUUGGGUUUGGAAAUGACGAGAGGUGUGAGUAAUUACUGACAAUUUCCAUUUUCAGGUGAAUCAGAUCGAUUUAAGCUUGUGAGAGGAUAUGAGGUUGAGACUCUGUUCCAAUGCCAGCUGAAAACAGAUACUUGUAAAAAAUACAGAAACUUUUAAUGCUUGUUUUGAGUGAACUAUGAGUCAUUUGAGGCUAUUACCCCUCACAUAAUGUGGCGUUGACUCCCUCUAGUGUCCUUAAUACAUUUUGAGCUAAAUAAAUCUG